AUGAACAAGCUUUACAUCGGCAACCUCAACGAGAGCGUGACUCCAGCCGAUUUGGAGAAAGUAUUUGCGGAGCACAAGAUCUCCUACAGCGGCCAGUUCUUGGUCAAAUCCGGCUACGCCUUCGUGGACUGCCCCGACGAGCACUGGGCGAUGAAGGCCAUCGAAACUUUCUCGGGGAAAGUGGAACUACAGGGAAAACGACUAGAGAUUGAACACUCGGUCCCCAAAAAACAAAGGAGUCGGAAAAUUCAGAUCCGAAAUAUUCCACCUCAGCUCCGAUGGGAAGUGCUGGACAGCCUGCUGGCCCAGUACGGUACGGUGGAGAACUGUGAACAAGUGAACACAGAAAGUGAGACGGCAGUGGUCAACGUCACCUACUCCAACCGGGAGCAGACCAGGCAAGCCAUUAUGAAACUAAACGGUCAUCAACUGGAGAAUCAUGCCCUGAAAGUCUCAUACAUACCUGAUGAGCAGAUAGCACAGGGUCCUGAGAAUGGGCGCCGUGGAGGCUUUGGCUCUCGGGGCCAGCCCCGGCAAGGAUCACCUGUGGCCGCAGGCGCUCCGGCCAAGCAGCAGCAAGUAGACAUCCCCCUCCGACUCUUGGUGCCCACGCAGUACGUAGGCGCUAUCAUUGGCAAGGAGGGCGCCACCAUCCGCAACAUUACAAAACAGACUCAGUCCAAGAUAGACGUGCAUAGGAAGGAGAACGCAGGGGCUGCCGAGAAGGCCAUUAGUGUACAUUCAACUCCUGAAGGCUGCUCCUCGGCCUGUAAGAUGAUCCUGGAGAUAAUGCACAAGGAGGCAAAGGACACCAAAACGGCAGAUGAGGUUCCCCUGAAGAUCCUGGCCCAUAAUAACUUUGUGGGGCGUCUCAUUGGCAAGGAAGGCAGGAACUUGAAGAAGGUGGAGCAAGACACAGAAACAAAGAUCACCAUCUCAUCGCUCCAGGAUCUCACACUGUAUAACCCUGAGAGGACCAUCACCGUGAAGGGGGCCAUUGAGAACUGCUGCAGGGCUGAGCAAGAGAUCAUGAAGAAAGUUCGAGAGGCCUACGAGAACGAUGUAGCAGCCAUGAGUUUGCAGUCCCACCUCAUCCCUGGUCUCAACCUGGCUGCUGUAGGUCUCUUCCCAGCCUCGUCCAGUGCCGUCCCACCACCUCCCAGCAGCGUCACUGGGGCUGCUCCCUAUAGCUCUUUCAUGCAGGCUCCCGAGCAGGAGAUGGUACAGGUGUUCAUCCCCGCCCAGGCUGUGGGUGCCAUCAUCGGAAAGAAGGGACAGCACAUCAAACAGCUCUCACGGUUUGCCAGUGCCUCUAUCAAGAUAGCUCCACCGGAAACACCUGACUCCAAAGUUCGAAUGGUUAUCAUCACUGGACCCCCAGAAGCUCAAUUCAAGGCUCAGGGAAGAAUCUAUGGCAAACUAAAAGAAGAGAAUUUCUUUGGUCCCAAGGAGGAGGUAAAGCUGGAGACCCACAUACGCGUGCCAGCUUCAGCAGCUGGCCGGGUCAUCGGCAAAGGCGGCAAAACGGUGAAUGAACUGCAGAACCUGACUGCUGCCGAAGUGGUAGUGCCACGAGACCAGACCCCGGAUGAGAACGACCAAGUCAUUGUUAAGAUCAUUGGGCAUUUCUAUGCCAGCCAGAUGGCUCAGCGGAAGAUCCGAGACAUCCUGGCUCAGGUUAAGCAACAGCACCAGAAGGGACAGAGCAACCAGGCCCAGGCACGGAGGAAGUGA